ACUGAAGCGCGGAUAUCAUGGGGUUCGAACCACCGUGCAAGGCAACGAACGACGCGCCGCGAUAACCGAAUGUUAUUGUCUCGCGGACUGCGCCAGAAAGCUUAGCGCUCGGAGUGAAUCGAUUGCUUUAGUGCAUUUUGAGUGGUGUGCCAAAGUGUUGUGAAAGAUCGGAAACAUGGCUCUGCUGUCGCAGAUCUACUCGCUGGAUAACCCCGUCUUCACGGCGUAUAUUUUCUACACAAGUAUACUCCUCCUCAAAAUGUUGUUUAUGGUUUUCGUCAUUGGGAGCCAAAGAUUCAAGAAAGGGAUUUUCAUCAGUGAAGAGGACAAGGCACUACAUCCAAAGGCUAAAAUCAGACAUGAUGACCCAGAUAUUGAGAGGUGUAGAAGGGCUCACCAGAACGAUUUGGAAAAUAUUCCUGCAUUCAUCCUAGCUGGAGCCUUGUAUCAAUUGACAAGUCCGAGUGCCUGGCUUGCGAUUCAGCUUUUCCGAUUUGGAACAAUUGCGCGCAUAGUUCACACAUUUGUAUAUGCAAUUGUAGUCAUACCUCAACCCGCACGAGCGAUUUCAUUUUUUGUCUCAUAUGCUAUCACCGUGUACAUGCUUGUACAGACUAUCCUAUAUGUCUUGUAGACAGCUCAAUGACUUAAAAAUUAAGUGAAUAUGUACAAGAUGCCAAAUUAGGCAAAUUUUUGAAACAAGAGAAACAAUUGUCAUGAUGAACAAUUGGUGACAUGAGAAAUUGGUAUCUUUUAGGAGAGGAUUUGCUACAGUGACCUUACACAGAUGUUGAUCAACUGAUGUGGUGUUGAUAAAACUAGAGAAUUUAUCUUUACACUUGAAUGAAUUCAGAGCAUUUAUUUUUGUUGAUACUUUUUCAGAGAUGGGAACAUUCCACAGACAACAGUUCUGGAACGCCAAUAUUAAAGUGAAUGAAUAAAAAAAGAAGAAAAAGAAAGUAGAAACCUGUUGAUGAAGUUUGAAUUUUUUUCCCUGAGCAGAAAAGAAGAGAAAUUUUUAUGAAUCUAAUUUGAAUUAAGAUGAAAUAAGUCAUCAAAUGUAAGGAAUAACUUAUUGAGCUAUUGAUUCGCCAACAACUUACUUAUUCUGGUCCCUCUUUGGUAUAAAAUUAUGUGCCAUCAAAACUGAUCAAAUUUGAGGCACUUUGCUUAAAGACCUUGAACAACAACUUACAUUUUCUUGUAGAUUUUCAAAGAAACGUAAAAUUGAAAAUAAAAUGUGCCUUCGUACAUUCUUUUUACACAAUAAAACAGAACAGAGCCUUGAAGAACAAUGGGUCAGUUGCAUUUAUCACAGAAUCCCAUUUUGAAACUCGAUUCUUGUAGAUUAGCUAAAAAUAGUAAGAUCUGUCCCAACCGCAGCAGUGACACCCUUGGUAUCUUUCUCUUUUGUUUGAUCAGAGAUGCAGAGGGUGCAAUGCAAAACUACAAUGACAUUGAAUGUAAACAAACUCAAGAAACAGACGGAUUUGUACUUUAAAGAUUUUCUUAUCAGGAGAUAACGCACUCGUCGCGAAGAGAUUAGGCGGUCAGUCAGUUCACCUCAGUUUGUUUACGUUUAACAUAGUAGAAGUUUCGCGUUGCACCCUCUGCAUCACUGAUCGGACAAAAGAGGAAGAAACCACGAAUGUCACUGCCGUGGUGGAUGAUGUCAAACGUAGAAAGUUGCCGUUUGGACAGAUCUUAUUAUUUUUUUCUAAUCUACAAGAAUCAAGUAUCAAAACACGAUUCUGUGACCAGCGCAACUGACUCAUUGAUGAUUCUUACCUGAAAAAAUCGAACGACUCCGACAUCAGUUCGGUGCCAGAAGUAGAUAAAGUGUCCAUAACCAGUCAGAAAUAAGUAAGCAGAGACUAAUACUCGAAUGUGAUUGUAAAUUGGAAGAACUUUACUUGCUCCUGUAAAGUGGUAUAUUAAAAUGACAAACUGCAUCCAACCUAAAAAUUAAACCACAAUAUUAAUACCACUACUUUCAAUAAAACACACUGAAAAAUUUAUUAAGCGAAAUUUGGAAAAAAGCUCUAUUUUAGAUAGCAUAAGCUGAUAUAUGCAAGACUAGAAUUUACACAAAAAAGUGUCAAAAUUUAAUGGCUGUUUUGAAAAAUAUUCGGAAAUUUGUGACCGAUUUGCAAUUUCACAAGUGUUUUUCAAGAAACAGGGGUGGGCCUAGUCACCACAGAAGUUACAUUACUGUUACGUAAAAUUUUGGAUGAUUCAUACCUCGGAAACAGAUUUUGAGUACAUAUUUUUUUGUAUUUUUCUUUUUAUUACUGACAACUAAACUAGUUCUAAUUAGUCAAAAAAUGGACUGUUAAGUUUUCAAGCAACUCCCAAAAGAUUUUCUCUUCUGGUGUAUCAAGAUUUUUUAGUCUUCAAUGAGCUUCAGUUUUCACAGGGGCAAAACAGAGUCGAAGAUUUAGAUAUUUCUGGAAAAGACAUGGUGAUUAAUUAGUUUUUUCACAUUAUUCGUAGAUUGUUCAACUAUUAUUAGAAUGUAACUUUAUAACUAAAAAAAAAAAAAAAAAAAAAAACAACUUAUGAAUACCUUUUACAAAUGAGCAAUUGAUCUUGGUUAUCUUUAAUAUACUUAUCUCUUGUAUUUCAACAAACCAGAACUGAAAGCUGAGUUGUCUUACUUUGCAUAGUUAUAGUUACAAAGAUUGGUGUAGACUGGUCCUAUGUCAGGAUAAAAUAAAGUUAUUUUUACAGUUAAA